GUAUAAAGGCAAAGAAUAUGCAGACAACGAGAGAAUUAAGCUUCUUCAAAACCAAUCUCCACAUUUCAAUUUCACUUCCUCACUUUCUUCUCUGUUUUCUCAGUUUUCAAUUCCCCAUUCUCACACUGAAUUGCCCAAAUUCAAAAUCUAUACCCAUUCCAUUCCCCCAAUCAUGGCCAAUCUUCCUGACUCUCUGUUCGGAGAAUCGUCGUCUGCAGAACCAACCACCGCGCCGGAACCCGUCAUUUCUCAUCCUCCUCAUACAGACCUAUCCAACGUCUCUGUCCAUGAACUCAUUCUCGCUCUCAAUCACGCCCAUACUCGUGAACGUGCUUUGCAGCUUCUUUCUCAGUGCAGAUUUUUCGUUUUUUCUCUUCAGAAUAGGAGCAUGUGUGACAAUUUGGCUGUUCUGAUAUGGCAUUCCUUUGGUACUAUGUUUACCCUUCUGAAGGAAAUAAUGGAAGUUUACCAUUUGCUGUCCAAGCCUGACCUUACAGAAAAAGCUUCAACUAGGGUCUGUCAUGCUCUUGCUCUUCUUCAGUGUGUGGCUUCUCACCCAGAAACAAGGAUGCCAUUUAUGAAAGCUAAGAUUCCACUCUAUUUGUACCCUUUUCUUAAUACCACCAUCAAGGAAAAACCUCAUGAAUAUCUCAGGCUCACAAGCUUAGGAGUAAUUGGUGCACUAGUGAAGGUUGAUGACAAGGAAGUUAUUUACUUCCUACUCAAAACUGAAAUAGUUCCAUACUGUCUGCGAUGCAUGGAUGUGGGAAAAGGCUUGUCAAAAACUGUUGCCACGUUUAUUGUUCAGAAAAUUCUAAUGAAUGAAGAGGGAUUGAGGUACUGCUGUAUCAUAGCUGAUCGAUUUUUCGCAAUAACUCGUGCCUUGGAAACAAUGAUGGAAAGACUUUCCGAAGAACCCUCGCAACGGCUGCUAAAACAUAUUGUUCGCUGCUAUCUUAAGCUAUCUGAAAGUCCAAGGGCUUGCCUGGGACUUGGGAGACUCCUUCCUCGGAUGCUAAAUGACAGUGCCUUUACCGACCUCCUCCGUGAUGAUCCGACUGUCAUGAGCUCGUUCAAGCAGUUGCUUCGCAAUGUACAUGAGAAUAGGUUACGAGACAAUGAAAGCAAACAAGGCAAUCCGAAAACAGGCUGAAGUUAUGUGAAAACUUUGCCAAUUCUACUGCACAGGAUUACAUUAUAUAUACAUAGCUGAUGGCUUUAACAAUGAGUCAGUUCUUCCAUCUUUCACACAUAUCUUUACUAUGUUUGUAGAUCACAUGAGUUAAUAUAAGGGGCCAAAUGGUGAGUACAUGUUGUAAUUUGAACCACUUAAAUCAUAGUUUUAGGCUUUUUUUUUUCCUUCCACAGGCUUUUGCUAUUUAUUUUGAAUUCUCUCUGUUAAUUACAAAAUGAAGGGGAA